GUCUAUAUAUGUAUAUAGGUAAAAGCAAACGAUAUAAUAAUAUAUGAAUUGUGUAAAAAACAUGUUGUAAUGUAAGUAUUUAGUUGCGCGGCGCAGCUGCGAAACGAACAUUUUAUAAUUGAAAACGUGUAAAACGAACAUAACAUAAAACAAGAAGUGCAGAAGAGAGCGCAGAUCGCGUUUAUCGGUCGAGUUGACAAUAUACAGUGUAUAUGGGGCCAUAUGCUGCCGGCCUUUCGUUUGCAAAACUUUUUUCACUAUAACUUUUCACACACCUGAUAUAUAUACAUAUAUAUAUUUUGACCAAAAAAAAACAAAACGAAAACAGAAAACUUGUUCUUUUUCUUUCUCACUCGCGAAAUAGACGCGCGGCGGCAACCAUGGUUUCAACAAUGAAACUACCAUUAACCUCACAAUGCAUUAAAUACCUCAUGUUUGCCUUCAAUCUCAUUUUUGUGAUUACUGGAAUAAUUUUACUGUCGAUAGGAUCAGUGAUUCUUGGUGUGUACAAUAAUUAUGAACACUUCCUGGACAAUAAAUUCCUCUCUGUGCCAACACUUUUAGUAACAAUAGGAGCAAUUAUAUUUUUUAUUGCCUUUUUCGGUUGUUGUGGUGCGGUCAGAGAAAAUUAUUGCAUGGUUGUCACGUUUGCGACGUUAAUGAUUGUAGUUUUCAUAUUGGAAUUAUCGGGAGGAAUUUCUGGUUAUGUUUUAAGAAAUCGUGCGAUUGAAGUGAUCGAAGGAAAAAUGAAUCACACGAUGGAAGACUAUGGUAAAAAUAAAGAGAUGUCAAUUGUUUGGGACAAUCUUCAAACAAAUUUCGAUUGUUGUGGAAUGGAAAACUAUAAGGAUUGGGAAAAAAUUUGGAAAAAUAAUUCGCUGCCAAGAACGUGUUGUGAUUAUGAACCGGGAGCAAGUGGAAAUAUAAGUUGUCUCGCAUCAAAUUCAAUAAAUUCAAAAGUCAAGGAAACCGGUUGUCUUAAUGCAUUUGGAAAUUUUGUAAAAGGACAUGCCGUACAACUUGGUGGGGCGGGAAUUGGAAUUGCAUUUGUACAGAUACUGGGAAUUUGGUUUUCCAUAAUAUUAGCAAAGUCAAUUAGAAGUAGUUACGAGACUGUAUAGAAGAAGAAUUAAAGGAGAAAGAGGAGCUGAGUAAAGGAGAAAUAUUCCAUAUGCCAUAUAAAAUCUCUUCCAUAAAUUUUAGAAACUUCGACAACAUCAGUGAUAAUAAACUUCAUUUAAAAAAAAAACAUAA